AUUGCUAGGCGACAUCUCGGCCAAGAGCGCCAGCGCGUCCCAUCGUCUGCUCGUUGCAGGUCCAUGUCGCCCCAAGAACAUUCGGCACCCCUCCCCUGCCACCAUGCCCGCCACCUCGUCCUCGUCCUCGUCCUCCCCCGCGCUGCCGAACCCUGCCUCGCCCUCCGCACCAGGUCGUCCCAAGUCCCAGGACGACCGCCCGUCCGCUGUCAGCCCUCGCAUCUCGUGGUCCAAGCAGCAGAGGUUGCAGGAGAUCCUUGAGAUAGGCCAAGCGCGCGCCGAACGCACCCGCAGCUACACGUCCGAGCCGAGCCCGCGGCAUCAGGCCGACCCGGCCACCACCCCCCACCGCAUGGAGCCGCUCCUCAGCCGUGGCGGUGACGGCGCUAGUAGUGAAGACGAGGGCGGCGGCAGCAAGAGCAGGCGCGAGACGAGGAGGGCCCCGCUCAACUACCAGACUACCACCGCCGCAGGCGCGGCCGGCAUCGACGGCCGGCAAGACAGCAGAGGCGGGGGAGGCGGGGGAGGCGGGGGAGGCGGCAGCCAGGCCAGUUCGGUUUACCGGAGAUCCAACGCGGGCCGCGGCGAGAGGGGUUCGAGUCCACAGCCCCCGACAACCGCGAAUAGCAACAGCACGCACAACGGCACUGCUGGCAGCGGCGUGAUUGCGUGGUUGAAAAGUACUCUUUCUUCAUUUGGGUCCGUCGAGCUGGAAAACAAGGGCAGCGUUGCCCGAGAUCACCUGGCGCUAGAAAGGACGUUCCUGGCAUGGCUGCGCACGUCGGUGUCGUUCGCGUCCAUCGGCAUCGCCGUGACGCAGCUGUUCCGGCUGAGCACGUCGCUCAACAACGGCGGGUCGCCGACCGAGUCGCAGGAGCAGCUCCGCAAGCUGGGCAAGCCGCUCGGCGCCGCCUUCCUGUGCGUCAGUAUACUCAUCCUGUUCCUCGGGUACGCCCGCUUCGCCCGCGGCCAGAAGUGGAUCAUGGUCGGCAAGUUCCCCGCUAGCAGAGGGACCGUGAUGGUCGUCACCCUGCUUACGUUUGCCGCCAUGGUGGCGUCGCUGGCCAUCGUGCUCGCCUUUGCGCCAGGCGGCGUUGACUGACUGUUCCUGCUCCUUUAAACAUUUGCACUUUUGGCGUCUCGUGGACAAGGGGGUAUGGUAAAUAUGUGUCCAUUUUUACUGGUUCACGCGUUGGGUACUUCUAUUCUGUCUCCAUUCGGGAUUAUCUCGGCUGGGUCGGUAUGGUAUAUCGUGACACGGUUCAGUAAUGAGUAAUUAAAUCACGACCGAGGCAGCCUGAGCCUAGCCACGUCCAAGGUCGAGCUUCAACAUAUUUCAUAACAAUAGCAGCCCCGCAGCAUCAAUUGCAGCAGGCGCGAUAUUUCCAGGCGGAAGCCGAGGCACCAACACACCGAGGCUUUUAGUUACAGGCGACCUCGGUGGCUGUGGCUUUUAUUGGAGACAUCAGGCCAUGUCCGCUGGGAAGGAGCGUGUCGAAUGGCGGGCACGCUCUCUUGGAUGCCACUCUUGGAUGCCACUCUUGGAUGC